GCAGAAGAACUAAUUGCUUCUCUGGGACAAAGAAAGUUCUUGAAUUUGAACUUGAUUUCUGAAAAUAGUUGCGGAUUAAUUUCCUGUUAAUCGACUGAAGUGUUUCAGCUUCAGCUCAGAGGCAACCCUACAGCAUAUAAACCAUCAUGAUUCCCAUCACAGAGCUCCGGUACUUUGCUGACACCCAGCCAGCGUACCGUAUCCUGAAGCCAUGGUGGGACGUUUUCACCGACUACAUCUCGGUGGUCAUGCUGAUGAUCGCGGUGUUCGGUGGUACGCUGCAGGUCACGCAGGACAAGAUGAUCUGCCUGCCUUGCAAGUGGGUGGUCAACAAGUCCUGCGAGACCAUGCCCGUCCCAAACGUGAGCGCCGCCGACGCACCGGAACCCAAAGGCAUUCAGUAUGACCUCGACCGCCAUCAGUACAACUACGUCGAUGCCGUCUGUUACGAGAACAAACUGCACUGGUUUGCCAAAUAUUUCCCCUAUCUGGUGCUACUCCACACCCUCAUCUUCCUGGCCUGCAGCAACUUCUGGUUCAAGUUCCCCCGCACAAGCUCUAAACUGGAGCACUUUGUCUCCAUCCUCCUCAAGUGCUUUGACUCACCGUGGACAACGAGGGCUUUGUCUGAGACCGUGGUGGAGGAGAGCGACUCCAAGCCUCACGGGAAAAUGAACGGGUCGAUGGAUAAGAAGGCGUCAUGCAUGAGCGAGGACGUCGAGGCCAGCGUGCCCAUGCUCCAACGAACAAAGUCCAGAAUUGAACAAGGAAUUGUAGACCGCUCUGAAACUGGGGUUUUAGAUAAAAAGGAAGGGGAGCAGGCCAAGGCUCUCUUUGAGAAGGUGAAGAAGUUCAGGAUCCACGUGGAGGAGGGCGACAUCGUGUACAGCCUUUACCAACGGCAGACCAUCAUCAAAGUAAUCAAGUUUAUACUGAUUAUUAGCUACACGGCCUACUAUGUGCGCUACAUCAGGUUCAGUGUGGUGUGCACCGUGAACAUCGAGAAACUGACCGGGUACAGCACGUUCUACUGUGCACACCCGUUAGCAACUCUUUUCAAGAUUUUGGCCUGUUUCUACAUCAGCCUGGUGGUGGUGUACGGUCUUAUCUGCAUGUACACUCUUUGUUGGAUGCUCAGCCGCUCCCUCAAAAGAUACUCCUUUGAAUCAAUCCGCGAAGAAAGCAGCUACAGAGACAUCCCCGACUUGAAGAACGACUUUGCCUUCAUGCUCCACAUGAUAGAUCAGUAUGACCCUCUCUACUCCAAGCGCUUCGCUGUCUUUCUGUCCGAGGUGAGCGAGAACAAGCUGAGGCAGCUGAACCUCAACAAUGAGUGGACGCUGGACAAGCUGAGGCAGCGCAUCACCAAGAACUCUCAGGAGAAGCUGGAGCUGCACCUCUUCAUGCUCAGUGGGAUCCCUGACACGGUAUUUGAUCUGGUUGAGCUGGAAGUGCUGAAGCUGGAGCUGAUCCCCGAUGUAACUAUCCCGCCAAUCAUCGCCCAGCUCACCAACCUCAGGGAGAUGUGGCUCUAUCACACACCCGCUAAAAUUGAGGCUCCGGCUCUGGCUUUCCUGCGAGAGAACCUGAAGUCUCUUCACAUCAAGUUCACAGACAUCAAAGAGAUCCCCCUGUGGAUCUACAGCCUGAAGAACCUCAGCGAGCUGCACCUAACCGGGAACCUGAGCGCUGAAAACAAUCGUUACAUUGUCAUCGAUGGGCUUCGCGAGCUCAAAAGGCUCAAAGUGCUGCGUCUGAAGAGCAACCUGACCAAGCUGCCGCAGGUGGUGACGGAUGUGGGCGUGCACCUCCAGAAGCUCUCCAUCAAUAACGAGGGAACCAAGCUGAUGGUGCUCAACAGCCUGAAGAAAAUGGUCAACCUGACGGAGCUGGAGCUUGUUCGCUGCGACCUUGAACGCAUCCCACACUCCAUCUUUAGUUUGCACAACCUGCAGGAGAUCGACCUGAAGGACAACAAUCUGAAGACGAUAGAGGAGAUCAUCAGCUUCCAGCACCUGCACCGGCUCGUGUGCCUGAAGCUAUGGUACAACCAGAUCGCCUACAUUCCAAUUCAGAUCGGCACUCUCACCCACAUGGAGAGGCUGUAUCUGAACAGGAACAAGAUCGAGAAAAUCCCCAGCCAGCUAUUUUUCUGCCGAAAGCUGCGCUUCUUAGACCUGAGUCACAACAACCUGACCAGCAUCCACGCCGACGUCGGCUUCCUGCAGAACCUGCAGUACUUCGCUGUGACAGCAAACCGGAUCGAGACUUUGCCCCCAGAGCUGUUCAAGUGCAAGAAGCUUCGCACUCUGAAUCUGGGAAGCAACUGCCUGCAGACGCUGCCGUCACGCUUCGGGGAACUCACCGGAUUGACCCAGCUGGAGCUGAGAGGGAACCGCCUCGAGUGUCUCCCCGUGGAGCUGGGCGAGUGUCGGCUGCUGAAGAGGAGCAGUCUGGUGGUGGAGGAAGACCUGUUCAACACGCUGCCACCAGAAGUCAAAGAGCUGCUGUGGAGGGCCGAUAAGGAGCCAGCGUGAGCAAAAGCUGCAGAGGAGAGAAGUUUGAUUUCUUUUUUUCUUUUAUAAUCAAGCACUGAUUUGAGUUUGUGAAGGCAGGAGAACAUUGAGAAGUGUGCAGCAGUCAGCCAUGUUGUUCGGGGGGUUAAGCUGCAAGCAGGUGAUGUUGAUGCAUGCAAGAAACGUUGCACGAUUCAGCCUUGCCACUGAGCUACAUGUGCUCCCCAGUAUCACAGAUUGAACGUGCUCACAGCAGCCGGACCUUCCUCUGGCCUUCAGACUCAACAUUUUACUUUGUACAUUUUUACAACCACAUUAACAGUUUCGGCGUCUUGAGGCUCUAAAGCGGCACGUGUUGGUAAAUGAUUUACAGUUCGACUGACAGCCAAUUAGUUGAGGCACGAAGGUUUUCUUCUUCAGGCGCUCAAACGUACGCCCAACGUGCUCGGAGGCUCUUUUUAUGUGUACAAAAUGACUGUGAGGAAGAUCGACAGAUCGCCCCACAGGCCUUAACUCGGAGGACCGAUGAAUCGACAUCAAAGACAACGAAAGGGAACAAACUCUACAGUACAAUGUCUAAAUACCCUGCAGCUGUUAAUUUAUAACGCCGGCCUGUGUGGCUGCGGGGGAGAAACGCCCCAUUCUCCUUGGACUCUUCAUUUUGCUUCUCGAUACAAUCAUGUCUUAUUUAGCAAUGCAAGUUAUUAGUUUGCAUGACUGCACACACUGCUGUGUCUUCUUAAAGUGUGUUAGGUUGAGUGUGAUUGGACCCGUUGAAAGAAACAUCAUCUGGCACUUUAAAACGCUACCACACGUUGGUAUUGAUUCCAGACGUGAUCAGAAUCCACAGCCAUUGAUUUGUUGUUUUGUUGUAAGUCUUUAUUUUAAGCUGCUUGUGGAACCUGUAGUCAAAGAUCUUUAAGUGAAUUUAGUUUGAUUGACAGCUGCUAAAUGUUGCGUCACUGACUGGAUUGUAAUAACAAGGUGUCCCCCUGCUGACAGGAAGCUGUCACGGGACAGUUCAUCCUAAAAUCAAACAUCCAUAUUUGUGUGUGUUGGAGAUAUCGGCCACGCAGAUGGAAACAUUAAUGGCUCCUCGGCUGAGCUGUAAUGGUAAACUAGCUCCUCCAGGGAUUAGUCUGCAGUAUCUUUAGGGAAGAGUUCCUGCAGAUCCUUAAAAAGUCUUGACCUGUAGUAACCCUGAGAGGGACCGGCCCGGGUCGGGAGUCCUGCAGAGAGACGAUAUCUGCAACACUCGGCUCCUCGCGGCCACACAAAGUAGACAAACAGAAGUAUGUACGAGCAGCGAUCUGUCUCCUUAAAGGAACACGUAUGCAAGCGUGCACGCUGCUCAUCAAAGAGCGUGUAGAGCAAUACAGGAAGCUAGAGUCAUGGUGCUCGUCAUGCUCGCUAUGGUUUUGAAUGAUUAUGACCUCGGCGUAAGAGCUGCUGCAGAUUGCAGCGUCUGAACGAGACGCUCUGACACCAACGUGUUCAUGUCAGAGACCUUUUUCUUUCACAUGUUUACUCCACAGUGAAGUUGAACAUUCAUCAGCGCUUCUGUUUAUCCGUUCAAGAGUGAAGUGAGGACAGUUAGGACAGAGGGAGGGAGAGAAUAUGCAGAAUGUGUGGUUUCCACACACACCGUGCUUCGUGUGCGUGGAACACUUUUCUUGUUAAGACCUCAGAUUUAAUAGCGCUGCCAUGUUAACUCCAGCCAGGCAUCUCGUUGCUAAUUGUAUCUUUUUACAAGCCGUGCGCUCGAUAAUGAUCACACACAUGCUCGUGGCUCGUUGUAAAAUGUAUAGCUUUCAUGCACAUCAGUCAUACGCAGCUUAUUGUUUGCAGCUGUUUCUCUUUGAUUUUAGGCUUUGUUUUUAUUCAAGGGAAGUUUUUCUGUAAUAAUACAAUGGCACCUUUGUUCUUCACAGCGACUGUUGCUUCACUGCGACCCGGCUCGAUCCAAACGCCCUUCUUAGGGGUCAUCAGUAGAUUCUGUUUGAAAGAAGAGCCUCAGUGUUGAAUGUUGUUGACGAGCAGCCAGUUUUAAGGUUGUGAGCAAAGGUCACACAGACUUUUAUCGCAUGUAUUAACUUUUUAAACCACACACAUUGUUUUAAAGGGCACGUCCACCUUCGUUUGUCUGCUCUGGUUUCCUUUCUGUGUUGCCAAAACAAGUUUCUCCCUUAACUCUGCACACGGACCUGUUGGAUGCCAAACAGUGAAUGCACAUCCUGUUCAUCACUCGUCACAUUAAACUGCAAGAAACAACAACUUGUUGUGCGGGAGCUGCACGCAGAGACGUGGGACGACUCGUGCGUCAGUCCAAAGUAAAUCUGAUAUCGUAACACGGCUCAUUUCAGUGGUGCAGUGCAGCUGCUGACACCAAACAUCUCCCUCCUGCAGUGCAGCAGAGGCUCAAACAAUGGCCGUCAGUUAUUGUAUCAAGUGUCUCAUGUGGUGCUCGUUAGACGUCAGAUAGUCGCAGCUAAAUGUGAAGUAUCUUUUACUCUUGAAGUUUCUCUUUCUCAGGGCAUCGCUGGGAAUGUGCUAAAAUGACUUCAUUGAUAUAUUCACACAUCUGUCCUUUGAGCUGUUUCAUGGUCGCUCUACGUCAGCGCCACAUCUGCAGUCAGCAGAAGGUGUUUCAGUCGCCUUUUGUCCUGUUUGCAUUUGUAUUUAUAUCCACAAAUAUGUUUUUUGCUGACCUCCUGAACCAAACAGUCACUUCCCUCUGAGUCACGGGAUGAGCACGUUAGAAACCUGCAGCCAGACUCUUCUCCUGCAUGUCAGCGUCAGUGAAACUGAGGUGAGUCAGAUGUUAGCGGAGCAACAAAAACAGGAAGUUCAAGUGAAACUCUUAUCCUAGCACUUUUAACUAGUAUCCCGUCAGAAUCGUCCUUAAAUAACCUCAAUUAAUGCAUUUAAAGCGCCAGAGAAGCUUUUAAACUUGUGUGUUGCCUCCUGAAUUUAUUUAAAGUACGAAAUAUAAAACAUAGUCUGUAUUUAUGUUACCUUUUUAAGUCGUGUAGUUUGUGUGACAAACCGUGACAAUCUGACAUCCUGAGAGUGGAGGAGAGCUCACACGCGUAGUAUCUGUAAUCUUCCUGCAGUGUGUGUGUGCAGUGUGUGUGCAGUGUGUGUGUGUGCAGUGUGGACACGCACCAUUUCACAUGACUGAAGAGAAACUGCCAUGAUAGCAUUGAUCUAAUCUCUACCUAAUGUAUGAAACGUUUUUUAAAAUACAUGAUUGUAUUGACUGUGUGAUUAAUCCCUCUGGAUCAGGAUGUAUGGAAUCCUUUUCAUCUCGCAGCGUGAGUUUGUCGGUACUGAAGCCACGUCUGAACCCGAGCAGCGGCCGGUGUCUCUCGUGGACUGUGAGCUGGAAGGACGGUAUCACACGUGACGAGGCCUUUAUUCAUUGUUGUCGCCAAGUGGACUGAGCACUGGCUUUUUAAGCGGGACGUCUGUAACGUUGAACAGCUGAACUUUAUUUCCUGAUGUUCAGACUCUACUUUUUGUACCAUUCUGACACCUGAUCAUGAAAUAAACACUUAACACUCAA